UUUUCCAAUGCCAAUGGCAAAAGUCAGGAGGCCGGAAGAGGUCGCUAGAAAGUAUGGUCAAGUGCUUCAUCUCUUUCUAUCCGCUGAUUUAAGCUGAGAUGAAAGCCUAAGGAAAGUGAACAAUGGGGUCCGGCACUUUCUCACCUGCUCUUGCACAGCCAUAUCAAAUCAGCUUGGGGGCAGGAAUUCUCCAGAAAGAAAGUUGUCCAGGAGAAGUCCAACUCCCGCUGCCAGCUCCGCGCCAGAAGACGAGUGUCUGUUCGCAUACCAAUGGAAGACAUGGCAUUUAUGUAAAUCACAAACAGCUUAGCCUUGCUUUUCAAUCCAGCAAACCUUUGUGUUAUGGCCGCCCGAAAAGUAGUCCCCAAAGGGACUCACAUAGCGCACGGGUCGCGGCCGUGACUUCGACCGACACUGCACCACCCAAAUCAGAUGCACAGAGCUGGCAGGAUGGAAGGCAUGGUGUCAUUUUCAGCCCAGAAGAGCUGUUGAAAGCAACAGGGGGCAAAUUGUUGAAAGAUGGGCCACCGGGCAGUAUCUGCACCGACAGCCGCAUCGUCCAGGAGGGGGAUUGGUUCCUUGCUUUGAAGGGUGACCGCUUCGAUGGGCACGACUUCUUGAACGAAGUUGCAGAGAAAGGCUGCGCCGGGGCGAUUGGAAUCGCCGGGGCGAUUGGAAUCGCCGUGCCUUCCAACUGGUCUCGCGGCUUCCUUCAAGUGGAUGACACACUGGUUGCUCUCCAGCAGCUAGCUUCUCAUGUCCGGGACCGAUCCCAGGGCCCGGUCGUUGGUAUCACGGGCAGCUCUGGAAAGACGGGGACUCGCGCAAUGGUUGGACUCGCACUACGCUCGCUGGGCCACGUGCAUGAGACACGCGGCAACCUGAACAAUCACAUCGGGGUCCCCUUGACGCUGCUCGCUACCCCCUGUCACUCGAAGGCUUUGGUGCUGGAGCUUGGCAUGAACCACGCCGGGGAGAUAGCCGAGCUGGCCGGGAUCUGCCGCCCCACCGUUCGACUCAUAACCAACGUCGGGCCAGUGCAUCUCGAAGGGUUGGGUACGGUGGAAGCGGUGGCGCAGGCCAAAGGCGAGCUCUUCGAAACCGCGCGAGCGGGUGACACGGUCGUUCUCAACAUGGAUGACCCCUUGGUUGCUGCGCUACCGAUUUCAGAUGGCGUCCGUGUAGUGCGGUACGGCAGCGGCGCGGGGGUGGACGUCCGACUGCUCAACGUCAGGACCACGGACGGGGGCCUCGGCGUCAAGUGCGUCUUGCAGCGGAAAGAGGGGGAGCGAACGAUCGAGAGCUCUCUGUUGAAGAUUGAGCAUCCAGGUGUGCACCUUUUGAAGAACGCUGCCGCUGCAGCUGCGGUGGCAGUAGCGCUGGGAGUCCCUUUGAAAACUGCCGUCCGGGGCAUUCAGGAGUACGAGCCUGUGGGGAUGCGGAUGCGAGUCCAGAAGUGCUACAAAAGCGGCCUCACGCUCCUGAACGACGCCUACAACGCAAACCCAAUGAGCGUCAAGGGCGCACUGGAGGUGCUGGCGCGCGUCGAGUGCGGCGGCAAGAAAGUGGCGCUUUUAGGAGACAUGCUAGAGCUGGGGCAGGCGUCGCGUCAAGCCCACAUCGAAGUUCUACAGCAGUGCGUCGAAUCCAGAAUAGACUUAGUGGCAGUCUGCGGCGAGGUGUUUCGAGAAGCGGCGGCCAGCGUGGCGCCCUCGGAUCUGGACCUCCGGGUCUUUCCGGACUCUGCGACCUUAGCGAAAGCGAUCUCUAUGGAGGGCGCUGGCGGCUCGUUGACUCUAGGGAUUGGGGACCUGGUUCUGGUGAAAGGCAGCCGGGGCCUCAAAAUGGAGCGCGCGUGCGAAGCCAUUGAGCGUUUGGAGUACCAUUCAGACGCCGCGACCGUCGGAGCUGUAUGUAUCACAAUGCCUCGUCAGGCUUUCGUAGAAAGAGGGCGUCACCUCCAUUUGCACUCGCCUUCGUCCCUGAGCGAAUGUAUCAAUCGAAGGAGCGGCACAGUUUUUGCGGAGGCUUGCAAGGUCCAAUUCGAAGAAGGCGGCCCUAGGCGUCGAAUGCUGCGAACCAGGUCCUAA